AUGGGCUGGGUACACAAUGCCUCGCCCGAGGUGCAGGCUGCAUCACAGUACCCUCUCAUCCUCGGACUCAACUAUGCAGGACGUCCAUUUUACCAAGUCGGCAUCGCAGGAUUCAAGGCUUCGCUUUGCCUCAGCUAUCUGCGAUUGAUCUCUGGGACCUCGAAGCGUCUUUAUCGAAUUGUGAUUUGGAUUGUGAUCAUGGCGUCUACAUUGGGUCAUAUCGCUGGUGCUCUCGGCUUGCUUUUCAAUUGCACACCGAUUCGAAAAUCGUGGAACUAUCAUGUACCAGGCAAAUGUCUUCCCGUCAGCAGCCUGUUCUACGGUCUCGCAAUUUACACCAUCAUCUCAGAUGUCGUCAUUAUUGUACUUCCCAUUCCGUUGCUCCUCGGUCUCAACAUCAAACUCGCACAAAAGGCCGGCGUUGUGUGCCUUUUCCUCCUCGGCCUCUUCACCACAGUUUGCUCCACCAUGCGGCUAACCCAGAUUCAACGUGUAGCUUUUGGAGAUGGAAACUCAACAAUGCUUGUGUUGUGGGGAACGGUUGAAUUCAAUGUGGGCAACAUUGUCACUUGCAUACCCUAUCUGGCGCCUCUACUGAAGGGCUUCGUGCGGGGAAUCGCUUCCAACAGUGACAAAUCAAACCAGUUUUACUAUGACAGUCAGGGCAGAAGCUACUUGAUGGAUAGUUGGUCGAAAGAUCUACAAUCGCACAUUCAGUCCACUGUUUCCGGUCUUCGACAGCCAAAACGAACACCGAGCGAGGAGCUCAUCUUGGCCACUCAGGAGCCAGGGCAUGGAGGUAUCGAGAAGACGGUCGAAUAUAGAGUUUCUUCGGAGGGCAGAUCAAUCAAGUAG